GCCAGGCUGAACUCCGCUGCCGGGAGCUUGAACUGCGCUUCUCUAUAUUCGCGCAAAUAUUGGAUCCUCUCAGCCUCAUAUCUUCCUCAUUCCAGAGCGAAACAGUAUCUUAUUCCAAUGGAUCCACGCCUGGUCGAAAACAAAGAAUCCUCAGUUUUGACUGGUCAUCUAUCUCCCCAUUCCUACCCUCAGCACGGUCCUAGCGAGGUUCGCUUCGAUGGAACUGAUAAUCACUCGGCCAUAAAUGUCAACUGCUACUUGUACUCGUCUUGUUCUUCUGACGACGACAACGAUGAUGGUCCUCACUCUCUUCCUCCCUCCAAUUCCAUCAAAUCCACCAAUAAACGACUGGACUAUAUGCUUCAAUUUCUUGAUCGCAAGCUUUCUUCCGGUCAUCACAACCAGCAUUCAGGCCAGGGGAACCAUUCCCGCCCUGGGUUGCCUGAGUUUGUUGCCAAAGGUGGAGGGAAUGGUAUCUUCAAAGUUCCUGUGCGAGCGGCAGUCCACCCCUUGCGGCCUCCCAGUCUUGAAUUGAGGCCGCAUCCCCUGCGGGAAACUCAGAUUGGGCGUUUCUUGAGGGCUAUUGCAAGCACCGAGUCCCAACUGUGGGCUGCCAGCGAGUGUGGGGUCAGGGUCUGGGAUUUCAAGGAUCUCUGUGCAGCCUGGUGUGGCGUUGAAGAAACAAUCAUGAGAGGCGACGAAGACACGGCUCCUUUUUCAGAGUCCGUAAGGACUUCACCUGCACUGUGUUUGGUUUCGGAUGAAGGAAACAGAUUGGUAUGGAGCGGACAUAAAGAUGGCAAGAUUCGAUGUUGGCAUAUGAAUCAGGAUUUAGAUGAGAACCAGAGCGGGAGGACUCGAUUUCAUGAAAGAUUGUCCUGGCAGGCUCACCGCGGCCCCGUUCUUUCACUUACUAUUACGUCUUAUGGGGAUUUGUGGUCGGGUUCAGAAGGAGGAGCUAUAAAGAUAUGGCCUUGGGAGGCCGUUGAAAAAUCUAUUUCCCUUACAACAGAAGAAAGACAUACAGCUGCCUUAUUGGUGGAGAGGUCCUAUGUUGACUUGAGGAACCAAUUGUCAGCAAACGGUUUCCAUAACAUGCUAACUUCAGAUAUAAAGUACUUAGUAUCUGAUAAUUCAAGAGCAAAGGUGUGGAGCGCUGGGUUUUUUUCAUUUGCUUUGUGGGAUGCCCGUACAAGAGAGAUACUUAAAGUAUUCAAUACUUAUGGCCAAAUCGAAAAUCGGGUGGACAUUUCAUCAAUACAAGACUUUUCAGUUGAGCUUGUUUCAGGUUCUCGGAAAGACAAAGCACAAAGUUCUAUUGGGUUCUUUCAGCGUUCACGCAAUGCCAUAAUGGGGGCAGCAGAUGCUGUUCGUCGAGCUGCUGCAAAGGGUGGUUUUGGUGAUGAGAACCGAAGAACUGAAGCAAUAUUGGUAACCAUUGACGGAAUGAUUUGGACAGGGUGUUCAAGUGGCUUACUGUUGCAAUGGGAUGGAAAUGGCAAUUGCAUACAGGAUUUCCAACACCAUUCAUCAGCUGUUCAAUGCUUUUGUACUUUUGGGACACGUAUUUGGGUAGGUUAUGUGACUGGUAUUGUCCAGGUGUUGGACCUCAAAGGUAAUUUGAUAGGGGGUUGGGUAGCUCAUAGCAGUCCAAUUGUAAAAAUGACUGUUGGAGCUGGUUUUGUUUUCACACUUGCUAAUCAUGGUGGCAUUCGCGGAUGGAACGUCACUUCUCCAGGACCCCUUGAUAGCAUUUUGCGUGCAGAAUUAGGUGGCAAAGAGUUUUUGUAUACAAAAAUAGAAAACCUAAAAAUCUUGACUGGCACUUGGAAUGUCGGCCAAGGAAAAGCAUCUCAGGAUUCGCUUACUUCAUGGCUUGGAUCUGUAGCUUCGGAUGCUGGAAUUGUUGUUGUUGGGUUGCAAGAGGUUGAAAUGGGUGCUGGAUUUCUUGCAAUGUCUGCAGCAAAAGAAACGGUAGGACUCGAGGGAAGUUCUGUUGGGCAGUGGUGGCUAGAUAUGAUAGACAAAACACUGGAUGAAGGUUCAACUUUUGAACGUGUUGGUUCCAGGCAACUUGCUGGCUUGGUCGUUGCUGUAUGGGUCAGAAAUAAUAUUAAAUUUCAUGUUGGGGAUGUUGAUGCGGCAGCUGUUCCUUGUGGCUUCGGACGCACUAUCGGCAAUAAGGGAGCUGUUGGUUUGAGAAUUAGAGUGUAUGAUCGGGUGAUGUGCUUUGUUAGUUGUCAUUUUGCUGCACAUUUGGAUGCAGUUAGUCGUCGUAAUGCAGACUUUGACCAUGUAUACCGAACAAUGUCUUUCUCUCGGUCAACAAACCUCAUAAAUGCUGCGGCUGCUGGAACUUCAUCUGCUGUUCCAAUGUGUCGUGGGACAAACUCACCAGAGGGGAUGCCUGAUUUAUCUGAGGCAGACAUGGUUGUAUUUCUUGGUGAUUUUAAUUAUCGUCUUGAUGGCAUUUCUUAUGAUGAAGCAAGAGAUUUUGUUUCUCAAAGAUGCUUUGACUGGCUUAGAGAAAGGGAUCAGCUUCGAGCAGAAAUGGAAGCUGGGAAUGUAUUCCAAGGAAUGCGUGAAGCAAUUAUUACGUUUCCUCCUACGUACAAGUUUGAACGGCAUCAAGUUGGCUUAGCAGGGUAUGAUUCUGGUGAAAAGAAGCGCAUCCCUGCCUGGUGUGACAGAAUUUUAUAUCGUGAUAGUCGCUCUUCUUUCGUGGCUGACUGCAGUUUAGAGUGUCCUGUUGUCUCUACAGUACUACAGUAUGAGGCCUGCAUGGAUGUAACAGAUAGUGAUCACAAGCCUGUCCGUUGCAUAUUUACUACAGAUAUUGCUCGAGUAGAUGAAUCAAUUAGGAGACAAGAGUUUGGAGAGAUAAUUGGUUCAAAUGAGAAAAUCAAAGAGUCCCUGAAAGAAUUGUGCAAGAUACCCGAAACAAUCAUCAGUACAAACAAUAUAAUCCUUCAAAAUCAGGACACGUUGAUUCUACGCAUUACAAAUAAAUGUUCAGAUGACAAUGCUUUAUUUGAAAUAAUUUGCGAAGGUCAGUCUACUGUUACGGAGGACCAGAAAGCAUCCAAACGUCAGUUGAGAGGUUCUUUUGGCUUCCCUAGAUGGCUCGAGGUAACUCCUGCUACUGGCAUAAUAAAGCCAGAUCAUAUUGUUGAAGUAUCAGUGCAUCAUGAGGAAUUUCACACUCAGGAAGAGUUUGUCGAUGGUGUUGUACAAAACUCUUGGUGUGAAGACUCCAGAGACAAGGAAGCUAUGCUAACUGUCAAGGUUCGUGGCAAAUACUCAAGCCAGACUAGAAACCAUCGGGUUUGUGUGCACCACUGCUUUUUAGCCAAGAAAAAUAAAACGGACUCACAGCCAAAGAGCUCUAGCCAUAUGCAGGGAAGUGUACUGCACCGAGCUGAUUUUCAACAUCUUAGUAGUUCCUAUGAUGUGGUGGAGCGGCUACAGAAUUUGCAUAGCUCUUCAAGUUCCAAUUGACGUUGUGGUCCAUGGGCGUAUUUAAUUAAGUGUACAGAGAAAGCAAAUUCAUGACACAACGUGACAGUUUCUCAAGAUCAAUUGUUUCAUUUGUUUAUACAUGACUUCAGUUUUACUUGUAUGAUAUGUGCCUCUAAUAAACGAGCAGGUGAGCAGCAACUACCAGACAAAACCCGGUUCGUGCUAAUUUUCUAAUACUCUCUAGGAAGAAUUACCAAAAAUUCCUAAGAAAGAAAUUUAAUCACCAAAAAAUUCUAAUGACAGUCAUUUCUUACUCUGAAAUUUGUCAUUACUUAUUCUUUAUUUGUGAAUGGACUUUAAGUUAAUUAAAUCUCUUUUUUA